ACAAUUUGUGCAGUAUUCGUGAACGAGAACGUUCGAUCGUGUCUAUAAUAUUAAAUAUAAAUAUAUCUACGUGACACCACAAUACCAGCCGCAAAAUGAAAGCCACAGUUGCAAUUCUUUUGACUAUUCUCUCGGUGGCUGCUGCUACUCCACUGUUCUUUGGUCAUCCCAAACACGAACACCACAUUAUCCAUGUACCAUACCACGUACACAAGGUUCCAGUUUACAUCAAAGAACCCGUAUACAUUCAUAAGCCUGUCUACAUAUACAAGACCGUCGAUCAUUACGAUCAUCACUACCACCACGAUGACCACAGUUAUGGCCACGAUGAUCAUUAUGGCAGCCAUUAUUGAUAAGACUAAUAAUAAUUAAUUUUAAAAGUUUUAGAUUUUUAAUAUU